ACGCUCGGGCCGUUACGCUUACGAAAAUUAAAACAUUUGUUUUCCCGCCUCUUCAGUGCUCGCUGUCCAACCCCGGAGGUGAUCAUCGCUCUCUCUCUCUCUCUCCGUGUGGGAGAACCAUUUGUGAGUUGUAAAUUUUGAUUCGGAAAAGUUUCAUAAUUGCAGAAGAUUUGAGUUCAUUGACGAACUGUGACGGUAAAUUGACUGAAUGAGUGAUUGUCGGAGUUUUGGGGGCAAUUAUCAACGAUGCAGCCAGACCAGAAAGAUCUCUAUUGGAAUUAUAGUAGACUCGCAGCAAAAAACAAUGUCUGGAGCUGCCAGGGAAGAUCAGGUUGCUACUCCAAAUGCAGAAAAGGCAACUUUGAAUAGUAAGAACUCCAUGAUGCCUGAAAGUGAGGAGCACAGAGUUACAACUGCUGCUACACAAAGGAAAAUUGAAGCUCCUGAGGCAGAAAGGUCCCCUUGGAUUUCUACUAGGCCCUAUGAAAAAGCACCAACUAUAGAGGCUUUUAAUUGUCCAAAACAAGCUUCAAAUUCACCAGAAACGCAUUCUAUUCAGUUUUUUUCCAACGAGACCUCAAUUCUAGAGUCUGCUAAUGGCAUGGAGAAGAAAUUCGACAAGCUUUCCAACCAAAGGAGGGGAGGUAAGGAUGGGGUUAGAGAGCGGGUAGAGGAAUUUUCAUUUGCAGCGGUGCCUGAAGUUCUAGUGUCGGAAAAAAGAGUGAUAGAGGACAAAACAAAUAAGAUAGGAAAUAAAGUCAGUGAAGCUCUGAAAAUGAAGCUUCGGGAGAUAUUAGGAACUGUUUCUUCUUCUCAGAAUCUUGACGAAGAGGCAAAUAAUUUGCAGCCUGAACAAGAGUUUGAACGAAAGGAGAAAACAGAUGUCAAUCCUAGACAGAGCUCGGACCCAAUAGAAACUGAAUCUGAAAGUGCUGGUCACACCAUAAAAAUACCAGUGACACGUUCUUUGACCCGAAAGAGAGCUCCAACUAAAGUGCAAUUGAACAAAAAUAAAGAUGGAUUGUCAGCUGGUUAUGAACAGAAACAUCAAGAGAAUACCUUCUCUUUUCAAGAUGGAUGGUCUGGGAGGUUACAUUGUGCUGUCAAUGGUGGUUCCUCAAUACUUAAGGCGAAGAGGAAUGAGAGAAAAAGAAGUAGAAUUGAGCCACGCAAGAUUUUCUUUCUUGAAAAGGAUGGUGUAGAUAAAAUUGAGCAAGAUACGGGUAGGAGCAAAGCACAACCUGCUGAUAAAUCAUCAACCCUCAGUAAUAGAAAGGAAGGUUCAGCUGAGAAAUCAUCAUCAUUUAGAAAUAGAAAGGAAGGUUUUGCUAAGAAAUCAUCAUCAUUACUCGGUACAAGAAAGGAACAUCCAGAUGGGAAAUUGUUACCACUCAGCAAUAGAAAGGAAUGUCAUUCUGAGAAAUCAUUGUCAUUUAGAGAAAGAAAAGGAAGUCCUGCUGAGAAAUCAUGCUCGUUUAUUAGUAGAAGGGAAGGUGUUCUUGGUUGUCCUCUCUCUGGCAGCAAACAGCAAAAAGACGGACAUCAAGGAAAAGAUUUUCACCAAUCACCAGCAACAAAGAAGAAAAGCCCAGCAUUGUCUGAAGGGGCAGAUAGGCAAGAAGACUUGUCUAUUCCGUCCUCAGUAAGAAUUGUGGACCAGCAAGAUGACUCUCAGAGCCCAACAUUGGAGAUUAAAAUGCCUUUUAGAAGUUCCUCUCCUACCUCACUACCAGAGAUGAACCAGAAGGAAGAGAUUGUUGGUAGUCCUGCACUAGCAGAGAGAAGAUUCACUGUAGGAGAUGUCUGUGGCUUCAGAACUUUUCAAAUUCUUAAACCAGAUUGUUAUGGAUCAAUUUUGGAAGGAGAGUCAUCCGUAUCCUUAUGCUCAGAAGAUGUUUCGCCCCUUGACAAAGGAUAUAAUGGUUGCAGGGGAACUGACAAGUUGUUUCCAAAGACGGGUACUCCUGAGAAAUCAAACUUCAUGCUUCAUCCAACCAAGAGGCUCCGCACCCAUCAAGAGACUGAAAGGAGUGAUGAGUUACAUGUACCUUCAGAACAGGACCACGGGGAUGGAUUAGCAAGGGCUGUUUCUUUGUUUGCAUUAUCUCUAGAAAGAGUUAAAAGCAGAAUUAAAUCAGUGGCUAGUAAGAAAUCUUCAGAAAUUUUGAUGUCUGCCGCUGAGGGAAUAUAUUUGCAGCUGCAGAAUGUUAAUUCUCAGAUUCAGAAAGAUGUAGGAAAGCUGACAAGCCUCAAUAAAUCAAAUAGAAAAUGCUUGGAAGCAAAAUUCCAAGAGCAACAAGUUGUAAUGAGAAAAAUACAUGAAAGAUUCAAAGACGAGGUUGUUCAGCAUCUUCAGGACUGCAGAAGCACACUUGAGGGACUGGAAGCACACCGAAAAGAAUUUAACUGGACCAUUGAGAGGCGAAAGGCAUCACACAUGAAGCUUCUCGCGCAAGUGGAAGAAGCAAUUGAGAUGCAACUCAAUGAUGCUGAAAUAAGAAUCACGACUGUCCAUAAGCUAGUGAGAGAAAAGAUGCUCCAGUUGAAGCAUGUGUUUGCUGAGUGUUUGAAAGAGGGUGUCCUCAGUUGACAUGUUCAUAGUGCUAGGAAGAAAGAAGAAGAGAUUCGCGAGGUCUGACAACAUCUGCAGCUUUGCUUCAACAUUGCAAUUUGGCUCUGCAAGCCUUUUCAUUUUAUCGGUAACAGAAUAGCCCUAUUAUCCCAUUUCCUUCAUGGACUCGGUAUAUGAUGUAUUUCCUUGAAAAAUUUUAUGUUUUGUGGAACCACUUGUAUAGUUAGUCAUUGAGCCAAACUGAAACUCUGUUUUUGAGUGAUCUUGCAACUCUGGGUCCUUUUGGGUCUAUAGUGUGGCUUAGUGGGAUCUUUGAGGUAAAGAAUUCUGAGGUUUUUUAUUUUUUGGAAUUAGAUAUAUAACACCACCAGAUAGGUUUUGUGUAUCUUGGCUGUCCACAACAGAAAACAGCAAAAGGAUUUGUAUAGUUUGGAACAAUGAACUGAUAGUUAUCAUGUGGUUCAUUCA